AUGGUAGAAUUAACUACGAACGUAUAUAGUACUAAUCAAACUGCAGAUAAUCUCAGCAGACAUGACAUUCUCAACUGGAUUAACACUUGUCUGGAAUCCAGCUAUGGAAAAAUAGAGGAACUUUGUACCGGAGCUGCAUACUGUCAACUGAUGGAUAUGCUGUUUCCUGGUGUGCUUAACUUUAAAAAAAUUAAGUUCAACACAAACUUGGAGCAUGAGUACAUAGCCAACUUCAAGCAGCUGCAGGCCAUUUUCAAGAAGUUGGGGGUUGAUAAGGAAGUUCCGAUUGAAAAACUUGUGAAAGGGAAAUACCAAGACAACUUUGAGUUUGUUCAGUGGUUCAAGCGUUUUUAUGAUGCAAAUUACACCGGUCAGCCUUAUGACGCUCUGGCUGCUCGCGGUGGUGAACAAAUAAGAAGCCACGAAAAGCCCUCUGCUAGGCCUCGUCCAGUCCCUCCUCGGACAUCCGUUCCAACCACUGUUAGAACCAGUGACUCUCGUCCAGGUGCGCCUCAUUCUCAUGUCUUUUUCAAUCUAGCUGGAGUCAUUGUCUCAAUGGCUUUUACAAUUUCAGCUGCCACAAAAAAUGCUGCUUCAGCAAGAUCUACGGUCUCCUCUUCCUCAGCGCCUCGUACCAAUGCUCAGAGUUCCGGUGAUUCCAUGCAGAUGAACGCUCUUCGUAUUGAAAUCGAAAACUUAACUUCUCAGGUAUGCUUCCUUAACUUUGGCAGCAUCUGUGUCUACAAUAGUUGUAAUCACCGUAUCGUCUUAUUUCAGGCGGAAGAGGAUCGCAGGACCAUCGAGGGUCUCGUGCAGGAGCGAGAUUUCUACUUUAGUAAACUUCGCGAUAUUGAGGAUUUGUGUCGAGGCAUGGGGGAUAAUGAAUUUGCUAAAAAGUUUCUCGACAUUCUUUAUGCAACUGAGGUAAGUGUUUCACAUUAA